GCGGAGUCGCCCGGACGCGGGGAGCGAGGUCCCUGCGGGCCGGCAGGACUGGGACGUAACUGUCCUUCAGGACAGAGGAGGGAAAGCUAGAGACAGCGCGGGGCUCAGGCCUCCCUGCUGCGAGACUUCGGCUGGCUUGCCCCUCUGGGCCUCGGCGUCCUCAGCAUUGUUACAGCCCCACGUUACACAGCACCCUCCGGUGUCCGGAGCGCUUUGGCCUGGCUCUUCUCAUUUGGUCCUCUCACAGCAGCCUCCUCUUGGAAGGAGGCCAGGGAAUGGAUCUAUUGUGCCAUUUUGCAGACGGAAAACAAAGGCUCAGAAUGAAGAGAUGUGCCGGGGGACGCCCAGCGAGGUCAGAACUGACUAAGUAUUCAGAAGCUAAGUCAUGGAUCCACCUGCACGUAAAGAAAAGUCCAAAGUUAAAGAACCUGUCAGCAGAGUUGAGAAGGCCAAGCAGAAGUCAGCCCAGCAGGAGCUGAAACAAAGACAAAGAGCAGAGAUUUAUGCCCUCAACAGGGUCAUGACCGAACUGGAACAGCAGCAGUUCGACGAGUUCUGUAAACAGAUGCAGCCUCCUGGGGAGUGAGCCGCAGAGUUCAAAGGAGAUGGGACCCUGCGGCUUUGUCUGCGAGCUCCUUACCAGUGUUAGGCUGAGAUGGCCUGUUUGGAGCCUUACAGAACUAGACAAGAAGGCAUUUGUGUUAUUCCUAAAACUGGAUGAACUUCCUACGUGUAACUUCUGCUUCCCUGGUUCCUCCAAUUUGCAUUGGCCCAAUGCUUGCUGAAGAGACUUGUUUUAUUCUUCUAAGACAAUAGUCUUUUUUUAAAAAAAACCUUUUCUAUUGUUUGAGAACAAUCAUUGUGUCUUGUAAAACUGUAAAUCUCCAAAAAUACAAAUAAAAUACUAGUAAAAUGUGCAUUUGCUCAUA